AAGUUCUACAAGAGCUCGGACCACUCGCGCGCGCUGCCCAAGCACUUCCAGAUGGGCGUGGUGGUCGAGGGCGCGCACGAGUUCCACUCGGCGCGUCUCACCAAGAAGCAGCGCCGCAAAAUCUUCACGGACGAGAUCAUGGCGGAUGAGGCCGUGGUGCAGUACACCCACCGCGUGGCCAGCAACAUCCCGGCCGCGCGCGCCACCACGGGCCGCAAGAAGAGACGACGCAACUAG